AUGGCGGCAGGAUCCCAGGGUCCACGGCUGCUGGUCCUGGGCCUGCUGCUUUGUGCACUUGGCCCCAUUGUGUCCCAGGGUGGGAAGGUAUUGUUGGUUCCCAUGGAUGGCAGCCACUGGCUGAGCUUGCUUGGGGUCCUCCAGCAGCUGCAGGAGAGGGGACAUGACACAGUCGUCAUAGCACCUGAGGCCUCCACGCACAUUAAAGAAGGAGCGUUUUACACCUUGAAGACAUACCCUGUGCCAUACCAAAGGCAGGACCUGGAAGAGACUUUUACCAGUCUUGGGCAUGACAUUUUUGAGAAUGAGCCUUUCCUGUGGCGUGUGGUCAAAACAUACAAGAGAAUCAAAAAGGACUCUGCUCUCCUCCUGUCCGCCUGCUCCCAUUUUCUGCACAACAAGGAACUGAUGGCCUCCCUGGUGGAAAGCAGCUUCGAUGUCGUGCUUACAGACCCUUUCCUUCCUUGUGGGCCCAUUGUCGCCCAGUACUUGGCUCUGCCUGCUGUGUUCUUCUCAAAUGCCCUGCCGUGCAGCCUGGAUUUUCAGGGUGCCCAGUGUCCCAACCCUCCAUCCUAUGUGCCCAGGUCUCUGUCCCUGAACUCAGAUCGCAUGACCUUCCUGCAGAGGGUGAAGAACAUGCUCAUCGACUUCUCACAGAAUUUUCUGUGCAAUGUGGCUUAUUCCCCAUAUGAACCGCUUGCCUCAGAAGUCCUUCAGCGAGAUGUGACUGUCCAGGACCUUAUGAGCUCUUCAUCUAUCUGGAUUCUCAGAGGUGACUUUGUGAAGGAUUACCCCAGACCCGUGAUGCCCAAUAUGAUUUUUGUUGGUGGGAUCAACUGCAACAGCCAUAAUCCACUCUCUCGGGUGUGUAUGUAAGUGGGAUCUUUACAAGUGUAUAUUCUUGCAAGUAUUUUGGAGAGAUGAACUUGCCACAGUUAAAUGCUGAAUGAGCAGGCUGAGAUUCUCUUCUGUUAAUUUCUAUCUUGCAAGUCUCCUGGGUCUGAUUUGUAAU